ACAAUCCUGUGGUAUUUGGCUAUUUUUCUUUUACCUUGCAAUUUAUGUAAAGUACCUUUAUAAUAAACAAGAAAAUAAUUUAGUUACUUUUUAAUGAAGACAUAUCGUUUUAUGUUUAUCGCGUAAAUUAAGAGUUCAGUCGUCGCUCCAUCACAAAAUCUAGCCCUACUGGACGUUCGUGAGAAACAUGAGCCAAGGGAAGAAAUGGGAGCCAUUACGCAAAGUAGGGAUCAUCGGGGUGCCGUUUGAGAAGGGGCAGAAAAAGUAUGGCGUGAGUGUUGCUCCCGCGGCGAUGCGGGCGGCGAGACUCGUUGACCACCUGAAAGAAAUAGACGGUUUGGAUGUAAAGGACUACGGUGACAUUGAAACAGUGGGGAGCAGUGAGAAUGUUAACGUGGACAACAUGACACAUCUUUCCUCUGUUUCGGCGUGCAACAAGAAACUGUCGGAGUGCGUUUCCCGAGUCUUGAGGGACGGCAGAAUAGCUCUAACAAUUGGUGGUGAUCACUCUAUAGGCGUUGGUUCCGUGGACGGCCACUACAGCGUCAACGAAGACAUGAUCUUAAUUUGGGUAGACGCUCACGCGGACAUUAACACGAACAAAACUUCGGGCUCCGGCUCAGUGCACGGAAUGCCUGUAGCUCUACUAGUCAAGGAACUUUCGGAUUACUGGCCUUAUUUACCUACCAUGGAUUGGCAAGUUCCAAAAUUUUCAAUAAAAAAUUUAGGAUAUCUCGGCCUUCGCUCUGUGGACCACUACGAAAGGCUUGCAAUAGAAAAAUACAAUGUGCCAGCUUUCGCUAUGGAAGAUGUCGAAGAGCACGGCAUCAAAAAAUCCAUAAAACACAUACUUCAAGUGCUGGAUCCAAACAACGAAAAGCCAAUCCACGUUAGUUUUGAUAUAGACUCGUUGGACGCUUUAGAAGCACCUAGCACCGGCACACCAGUACGAGGAGGACUAACACUUCGAGAAGCGAUUAGUUUAAUGGAGAUUAUACAUGCGACUGGGCGGUUACGUGCCUUGGAUCUGGUAGAGAUCAAUCCGGCGCUGGGCAAUGAGAGUGACAGGAAACGUACUAUCGAAGCCGGUCUAUGUGUACUACGUGCUGCCUUAGGAUUCUCCAGGAAAGGGACUGCCCCACGAGGCGUGCUUGAUUUACCUGUUCAAACACAUAGCAACAAAUAGUAUAGAGAAAAUUGUUAUAGAUUACCUUAUUAAUUAUAUUUACCAAUGCUCUCGAGUCGAAGAAAGGAAACAGUGAUGCAGAAA